AUGGAGGCCCCUCGUCCCGACACCGAACUCGCCCCCGGAGCGUCGGCCACCACGCAGCUCCCGGAGCCGCCAACAGCGUCGAACCCCCCACAGCCAGCAGUGGCACCAAUGCACGCCAUCCGGCUCGUCUUCGAGCCGCCCCUGGCUACGCGGCCUGCCGACCGGGUCAGCCACGUGGCUGACUUGCCCGAGCCGUUCGUCGGGCCGCUCCCGGGAGUCAUCGCGUCCAACGACGAGUCGUACGACAAGACGGCGGCCGCGCUGCUGGUCGAGUGCGACAAGGUCGGUGCGCGGGUGGCGGAGUCAACGGGGGAGAGCGAGCGCGUGGUGAUCACUGUCGGCGAGGCCAUCAUGGAGGGGCGUAACUGGGCUGGGUUCCAGGCGAAGAAGGGCUCUUUCCGCCUCGUCGCCAAGCUCACCGACGACGUGGCGAACAGCAACGAGCUCACGACAGAGAUGAGCAUAUACGGGUACCUCCAAACCCGGGGGUUAGUCGGCGCGGUCGUGCCGUUUCACUAUGGGCUGUUCGUGUCGUCCCAGCCCGCGCGGGAAGACCUGUUGAAGAGGAAGAAGAGGCAUCGGCUGGUGUCAGCAGAAGGGGAGGUGACGGUAUUCUGUGUGUUGUUAGAGGACUGUGGUGUCGAGCCGAAAAUGGAGGCAGAGAGACUUCCCUUGGCGGACAAGUGA